UGGUGGCAGAGCGCCGCCGUGUCAAACUUCUGGAACUCGCUCGAAGAAGAUGCCGGCAUUUGGCGUGAGAUUAUGCGUAUAAGCCCAAGACGCUUCAUGCAUGCCACCGGUUCGACGAAAAAGCAAGGGCUUGCUCUGGUGCCAGAAUUAGCAGACGUCGAUUAUGCCGAUAUUGCACCACAGCAGAAAUACUGGGGUAUUUAUCGCGAGCGUAUCCCCGAUCAUGAAUCAGAUGACUUUGAGAUAGUGGUGCUUCGAGAUCCUCCAUCAUCAUCAGCAGACACGUCGAUUGAUCAGAUCCGUCUCGGGAGAGUAGUAUUGUCACAUGGCAUUGACAACAUGUUGUACGUGUGGGAAUUCCAGGACUACUCGCAAAUGACGGAACAAGAAAAAGAAAUUUGGGACAAGCACAUCAAUGCUUUUGUAGGAGGCUGGAUGAAUUCACUAGACAAGGAGCGCAGCAAGCAUGGCGUCUUAUCCUUUCGCAAUACCGCUUUGACACGGAUAGACGAUGGCCUCACUUCAACGUCGGAGUCCCGAAUUACCAGCCAAUUUGUAUUCUAUCUGGACCUUGUCGCCUUUGAAUACUCUGGCAAAUCCACCCGAGACCAUUUCAAGGCUCGUAUGGCGUUUGAGAAACAUCACAAGAACUCUGGAGCUCUUGGUAUGGGCAAAGGACGAACUCAGCUCUCUGUCGAGGUAGGAAUAUUGAAGAAGAAUGACUUUGAAGCAGAGUACAUUGGUUGUUUAGAGGGAACGGGAACGAUGGGUUAUAAGGAGUUGAUCGACGCAGCGUGA